AUGGGUGUUAGAAUUUAUUGGCUCAUAUUAAUUUCUAUUUUCAUGCUUAAUGAAGUACAAGUAUCAGUUUUCGGUGUUGCAUCAACUAGUGAAGCUGAUUUUCCUAGAGGUGCAAUUUCAUUACGCACGGUGAUGCGAAGAUCACGUCCUAUUAAAGCACCGCCUCCUCCUAAGCGUAAUGUGCCUGUUCACUUCAAGCGCACGCCACCUCUUCCUCCACCACCGCCACCACCAUCUCAUUAUUACAAAUUACCACCGGCUUUACCGAUAUAUUCACCGCCUUUUCAUCCUCCGAGCGAUCUAGUACCACCUCCGCCAUCGUAUUACAGAGUCUGA